UUGAGUGGGUCAUUUAAUUUAGGCUGCCUCUGACCAACCAAAGGAAAAACUUCUCCAAAUAAUUACAUUUAUUUCUGUACAAUUUCACAGUAAGGGUUAACACAUUACGAUGAAAAUCGUAUUUCAUCUGUUCUUCCCACUUGCCCAUUUUUAAUCAGUUAUUCAAAAAUGAGAAAGUAGAUCCUCAUGUGCAGUGAACUCAGAGAAUGCUAAUGGGGUAUCUGCGUCUUUUUGUGCUCAGAGGCUUAUGCCAGAAUAGGGAAAGCCUUUUAUUCUACCACUCUCUCAGAGUCAGAAGAAGGGAGCUUUCUGAAGAGUUACUUUAAAUUGAAACUCUCUUCUAAUGUUAGUCUGCUGACUGUCUUGGGUCUCUGAGUUAGAAACUGCUUCAGCUUAGUUAAUAGAGCCAGAUGUAACAUUGACCUUAAAUGGUAAAAGCUCCCAAGAGUGAGAGAGAGGCUCGCCUGAGGGGAAAAAGAGGAAUAACUCAGUUUUAGGUAAGUAAUCUAUGUAACCAAGAAUAAGCUGUCUCCUUCAGCUGUGAACCAGAACGGAACCAUUUUUCCUCCUUAAAGGAGGGUCCUGCUUACUGUAUUCAAUCCAAAAGCCCAUUGCCAUUUCAUUAUCCCUUCUUCACCUACAAUACUGGACAUUAUCUUGACUAUGGCAGUUCCAGACUUCAGACUCCACUGUUAGAGCAUUUGAGGUCAGCUGUCAGACUAGCAGUGGAGAUGGAGUAAAGCAUCUUUAUUCUAAACCCUUGCUAACUCAGUUUUCAGCUGUGACUCAGACAGAGAGGAGGCAUCAUGCACCUACAGCUUCCACUGAUUUCCACUGGAGUUGUGGCUGCUUCGCACCUCUGAACAGAGUUUCUAAUAUAAGUCUGUGGAUCACAAGGCAUCUCAGUGCUUAUCCCUUGAGGUUAACUUGAAACAGACAUUCCCAGCAGUGCAUGGUCUUUUUAGUCCACAUUGCAGUCCAUCGUGUCUCUCACCAGCUACCAUGCCAACCCUACCUGAAGACGAGGGACAGCCACCAGAAGCACAACGCACCAGUUCUCCUCCGGUCAAAGAUGCUACUAUUGAAGGGACAACAUGCAGUACACCUUCUAUUGUUCUUCCAGAGAAUGCUGUAACGCCAGAUGUAGAAAUUGAUAAAAAUCUGGUUAACAGACCUCAUAGUCCUCAUCUGAGACAUUCUAACCGACACACUAGGACUUCUGUUAGUUCACUGACUUCAGUUGACAAUACAGGUCAGGUGAUUGAUCUGGUAAAUGGCCAACUGCCAGAUGUCAAAAUCUCAGAUGAAGAUAAAAAGAAGAAUCUUGAAUUACUAGAAGAAGCAAAGAGAGUGAGUGAGAAGUUCCUAAUGCGCAGAGGCAGAAAAUCAAGAAGCAGUCUUCCAGAAUCUCCCACAGCUGUUUCCCCUACACUUAGUCCAAGAGUUUCACCUGUACCAUCUCAGAGCAACUCUCUCACUCUUCCAAUCCCAACAGGGUCUGAUGUAUGUACAGCCACGGGUGUUGGGUCAGUGUCUCCACUGCAGAAUGUCACAAAAGGUUUAACCGAUCGAAAGCAGAAUGAUCAGAGGAAGGUUUCUCAGGGAAGGUUGGUUCCUCGUUCCACUAGUUUUGAAAACUCCAAAGAAAAACUCUCUGCACAAAAAGAAAACUUUGAUCCACUUACACAUAUGGAUAAUUUACCCAAAUCCUCCCCUUCAGGCAGUGAUGCUGGCAAAACUUCUCUUAACACAAGCACAAACAGCUGUGAAAAUGAACAUGGAAAACCAUUACCUAAGAAAUCAAAAGAAAAUGACUUUCCUUUAAGAAUGUAUCGACAAGGACCAGGCAUAGGUACUAUGGACCCAAAAUUAAAAAGUUCAGUACCAGAACUGAUGGACCCUAAAGUUACCUGUAAAACAGAACUUAAAGCAUCUGGAACACGCCCUCCUCUAUUACGAGCUGUAUCGUGGGAUAGCAUAGAAUCUGGACAUCAAGAAAAGGCACCUUUUAAAUUACCACCUGAAGAAGAUAAAAGCUUUGCCAUUAGUAAUAAAUCCAGUAAUCAGUUGACUAAAACAUUAACGUUCAAAGAUCUCCAAAUACAAGUUCAACCAGUUCGAAUGCAGAAAUUGACAAAGCUCAGAGAGGAGCACAUUCUGAUGCGAAAUCAAAACUUAGUUGGACUUAAACUGCCUGAACUCAGUGAAGCAGCUGAACAGGAAAGAGGGCCUUCACCUAUACCUUGCGCCACUGAAGAUGAGGAGUCAAAGAAUAGCUCUGAUGUCAUGCCUAAUAUUCCCGAUGUACUGCUACGAAAACUCCGUGUGCAUAAAUCUCUGCCAGGAAGCUCCCCUCCACUUACUGAGAAAGAAGUUGAGACUGUGUUUGUACAACUUUCCUUGGCCUUCAGAAAUGAUAGUUACACCCUGGAAUCUAGAAUUAACCAGGCGGAGAGGGAGAGAAAUCUUACUGAGGAGAACACUGAGAAGGAACUGGACAACUUUAAAGCAGCCAUUAUGUCUUCAGCUGCCUUAUGGCAUCACUAUGAACACAGAGAAACUUGCCAGAAGCUGUUGGAGGAUAUUGCUGUACUACAUCGUUUGGCUGCUAGACUCUCCAGUCGUGCUGAAAUGGUUGGAGCUGUUCGCCAGGAGAAACGUAUGUCAAAGGCCACAGAAGUAAUGAUGCAGUAUGUGGAGAAUUUGAAGAGAACAUAUGAAAAGGAUCAUGCUGAGCUAAUGGAGUAUAAGAAACUGGCCAAUCAGAAUUCUAGCAGAAGUUACAGUGCAUCUGAAGAUGGAGUGCCUCGUUCAUCUAGAUCCAUGUCUCUUACUGUUGGAAAGAAUAUGCCUCGGAGGAGAGUCAGUGUUGCUGUUGUUCCUAAAUUUAACUCAUUACACAUUCCUGGCCAGUCACCUACUACGUCACCCAUACCUUCAAUGCCAUCCCUGUCUGAAUCACCCAAUGGAAGAAGUAGUCUGACAUCUACUCCUGCCCUACCAGCUCUUCUAGAGAAUGGAAAGUCAAAUGGAGAGCAUGACCGUGAAUCGCCUGCUUCUCUGUUGACGCAGAUCUGUUCGGAAGAGAUCAACCCUGAGACAAAAGCCAAGAUAGAGGAGGAAGCUUAUAAGAAAGGUUAUCAGGAAGGCUUAAAGAAAACCAAAGAACUUCAUGAGCUGAAAGAGGAAGAUGAAGAGAAAACAAAUGAGAUCCCUGAUGAGCAUGAAGAGGGUGAAAGUGAAGAGAUAAAUAAUACGAAAAACAGCAAACUUGAAGUUGUUAUUAAUUAUUUACAUAUACUGUACCCAAAACUGUGUACACACUGGAAUGUGGUCUGGAUUGUAGCAGCUGCGAUAAUCAUUUUUGCUGCGCUGUUGGGGAUCUACCAUUCAUACAACUCCUGUGUUGAAUUAUCAGAUGGACCCGAGGGAAAAGCCACCUGUUCUGCUGUCCAGCAAUACACCUGGUGGAACUCAGGACUUCAGCAUGAGCAAGGCACAGAAUAAUAAACAAAUUAUAAAAUAUUUACGGUACAUCAGUCAGCACACAUUUUAAAACACGGUUAUUAAAGCAAGGUAGCACUUUGUCAUUUUCCUGUUGCUAAAUAUCAUCAGUAAGCCACACUAGUUAUUCUAUGCCAUCAGGCUUGGGAAUGGAUUGUGAUUUACCUAGUGAAAUUGACCACCUGAUAAAUACUUCUGUCUUUUUGUCAUGAUAAUUGUAUCUGACUGAUACGACUUCAUACAAAUAAAGUCACAUUUAAAUCAUGCCAAGGUUGUGACAGUCACCAGCAAUAGCCAGGAUAUUCAAAGGGAAGACUGAUACAUUAGACCUUAAUUCAUGCACUUUUGAGGAAAGCCAUAAAAGCUACCAGUUAUAGAAUAUUUGCUUUAACUUUGCAUUUCUUGGCUUUUAUUGACUGAUGUCAUAACUUUCACAGCAGUUAUAUAUUUAGGAUUUUUUUUUAAAUGUAAUGUCCUUGUUUAGAAUGAGUGGGUGGGAAAGAAAGGCCUUUUGCUGAAGACUAAAAAUAUUAUACAAGGCCAAAUUUAUCCUUGGUGUAUUUCCAUAAUAUGAGUUACACCAAGGAUGAGGUUGGCCCAAUAAUCAUGCAACAAUGCAAAAUGGAAUGCUGACUAAAUACAUGUUUUGUAUUGCUAUUCAUAAUGUAUUGCAAGAGGGAAACCACUCCAUUGUUUGAAGUGGGUUUAUGUUAAGGACUAAAUCCAGGUCUGUGUGGCAAACAGACCAAAUGCCCAGUGUGUCUCAGAGCCUCUUUGUAUGUCAAAGGGACGUGCUGUGUGGUGCAUUUUGCUGCUCUUCUGAACAAGAGUGCAAUGCACUCCCCACUAGCAGUUGCUACUGAUUGCAGCAAAAUAAUUGCUGCUUGGCAGGUUAGACAUAUCCCCUAAGCUUCAGACCACAGCACACUAAGAGAAGGGGUGAAGCCCAGCAGGUGAACUAUGGAUGGAUUCUGCCCAGCUGCGUGCACUGCAGGCAGAGACUCCCUAUGUCCUUUUCAUCCUCUUGCACACCAUCCCCCAGCACUGGUCAGAGCUGAACCCUGUGUGUGUUUAAAGUUCUUACUGAUUUAAUGUCCUCAUGUAAAGAGGCCAUUGUGCACAUGCAGCAGCUCAUUUUAGAAUCAAAUGCCGUGUGUGUUAGCGGGUCGAAUAUAUUUUCAAAACUCCAGCACGUUAUUAGGCCAUUACAGAGUAAUCAUUUUUAAUAAUCCACUUAUCUGGGAGUUAUAGAAGCGCACAGAAGAAUAAGAAAAUAUUUACCCAAUGUCAAAGCUUUAGUGCAUGUAUAAUUUCAAAACGACCAAAUCAUUUUUGAAGAAAAUUCCCCCGUGAGCUAAGGUACUGAAAUGUCUGGCACUUAAGAGUAUAUUGUAUGUACCUGCAGAACUUGAGUUGGGAUUUCUGGUCAAGUAAGUUCAUCUUUCCAUUGCUAUGCACUUGAAUACAGCUGAACUUUCAAAGUGAGUGUGACACUGGAGAGUAUUGUUGGGUCUCAGAUGUGUCGGUGUUUUGUGGGAUUAUGAAUCUAGUUUUCUGAGUGACUAAUGGCAAUUUCCCCUUGGGAAGGAUAAGGAAGCCAUGUGCAGUACCUAAUUCUGACUUAUCUGCAGCCAGUAGCAGGAUGUUUUCUUUCAAUAUAGUCCCCAAACUCCCAGCUAAUGAAACUAGCUGGGAGAAUAAAGGUUUUUAACUGACUCAAAAGUGUUUUAACUCCGAUUUUUCCCACCAAAAAUAACAACUAAAACUCUCUGGAGAGAUUUUUCUCUUUAAUGUUAACGAACUCCCUGUUUUACCAUGGUAGUUACAGACAGAUAUUGCUCCAGGAAAAUAUCAGAUGGCCACCACUGUUGCUAAACAAAUUGUGCUUGAUUUAACCAUUUGGUGUCUUUAAAAAAAAAAACCACCUCUGGAGGAGUAAAAGAAUCAAAGUGAUUAAGGAAGCUCCGUAAGGCUAAAGGAAAUGUGCCAUUUGUUCUCUGUCUGUAAACAGCGAAGAAUCAAAUAGAAAAUGUAUAAAAACUCAAUUGUUUAUCAGUUUGGGUGCAGCUAGAAGGCCUAACAGAUUCAGACUCCUCCAUUCCAAAAGAUGGACUUUACUCAAAUGGUGAAAUUAGUAUGUUUGAUGACCUGAGCAGUAGUGUGAUUAGGUGUCCUUUACAAAACAAAGCAUUGGUACUGAUAAUUCCAGUGGUUCAGCCAGGGCCAAAUCCCUCUGCCCUUACUCACAUGGGCCCUGAUUCAGCAAAAUACUUAUGCUUGUGCCUAACUUUAAGCAUGUGAGGAAUCCCACUGACUUCACUGAGACUAGUCACAUGUUUAAAGUUAAGUAUGUGCGUGAGUGCUUUGGGGAUCUGGACCACAAGAUGAAAUUUGCCCCAGUAUAGAGGGCAUGCACACCCCAUCUGGGACUUGAUGAGUGCAUCAGCCUUUCAUGAGCUCACUGCACAAGGGUGAAUUUCACCCAUGAGUUGUUCCAUUGGUUUGAGUAGAAUUUCUCCCAUGGAUCAGAUAUGCAGAAUUUAGCCUCCAGUGUCUUUGGUUAUUAGCAGCUUGGGGGAAGGAUGGGGAAAAGGGCAAGGUGUUUUAAAGGGGAUUAAAAGAUGAAAAUGAAAUAAAGUGAAAAAUAAUUUUGGGAUAUUUUUAUACUUACUGUAAUUAAGCUGCCCACUUAAAAUAAUAGCACCACGGUGGCUGUAACAGCAUCAAUACUUUACCUUGUUCAACUAAUUAAUGAAUAUACUUUUGUGUUUAGUGAAAAUUAGGGUUGUGCUCAAAAAAUUCUAAAAUCAAAUUUUGUCAGUCUGAUUUUAAUUUACUAUAUCUGAAAAGAAAACUUCUAUUCUCUGUGUUCAUAAGGCAUGUCAGAUUACAAACAAUAGGUCAAUUAUUUAUACUAUUAAUACUGAAAUAGUUUUCUUGGGUGCAAUAUUUAUUUUUCUGCUUCAACAAGACACGUUUAUUGUUUCUCAUGCACAGCACUGAUGUUUUUAGUAGAAAGAAUUGAAAAGGGGCACUAUUUUUGUGUAUCAUAUUAUUUAAAUUUGUAACAUUGUAAGACCUUGCACAAGUGUGCUAGUAUUGUACUGUAUAGUAUCACAUACUUGAGUUUUGAAAUAAAAAUACGGUUUCAAAGUC